UUUUCCAGACAUGGCCAUAGGUUCCCUUAUUUAGAUGCCUCUACUGACGGUUUUGUUCCACGUUGGUAUCAUCUAGAUUUUGGUGGCAAAUACCAAAGCAAGAGGCGUAUUCCUUCAGUAUCAACUUCUUUAGCUGUUGCUGCUACUCUUGGAAUUGCUGAAACUGUGCUUCUUUCCCUUGGUUCUGGCAUCAUUAUGAACAUCAUGGGUAUACCUGCUGAUUCCCCUAUGCGUAGACCUGCUGAGAAUUUUCUUAUGCUAAGGGCCUUUGGCGCUCCAGCAAUUGUGAUUGCAUUAGCUGCUCAAGGAACUUUUCGUGGAUUUAAGGAUACAAAGACGCCUCUAUAUGCUGUUGGUGCUGGCAAUGUUCUUAAUGCGAUAUUGGAUCCAAUAUUAAUAUUCUUUUUUGGUCUUGGCAUUAGUGGUGCUGCAGCUACUACAGUGAUCUCUGAAUACUUAAUUGCUUUUAUUCUUCUAUGGAAAUUGACCGGCAAUGUGCUCCUAACGCCUUUUCACUUUGAUGGGAGAAAAAUUUUUAGCUAUCUGAAAUCUGGUGGUCUUCUUAUCGGCAGGACUGUGGCUGUGUUUCUAACUUUGACACUGUCAAUCUCUAUGGCAGCUAAGCAAGGCCCUAUACCUAUGGCUGGUCAUCAAAUUUGCAUGCAAGUUUGGCUGCCGAUAUCUUUGCUCACUGAUGCUCUGGCACUUGCUGGUCAGACACUUCUUGCCAGCAGUUACUCGCAGGGAAAUUACGAGCAAGCACGCCUCAUUACAUAUAGAGUAUUACAGAUUAGUUUAGGAACAGGAAUUACUUUGUCCGUGAUCAUAUUCUUUGGGUUUGGAUCAUUUUCAAGUUUAUUUACCACAGACUUGGAAGUUCUGAGUGUUGCUCGGUCAGGCAUAUUAUUUGUGGCUGGAACUCAACCAGUGAAUUUGGUAUUUGUCAUUGAUGGGCUUUACUAUGGGGUAUCAGACUAUGGUUAUGCUGCGUACUCAACGAUGCUGGUUGGACUAGUUUCUUCAAUGUUCUUGCUGGUAGCUGCUCCAGAACUUGGACUUCCUGGAGUCUGGGCAGGGUUGUUUCUCUUCAUGAUUAUGCGUGUUCUCGCCGGAACAUGGAGGUUGAGCAGCAAAAAUGGCCCGUGGAGUAUGGUCUGGUAUAAAGAUGGCGGUGGAAACUGACCGACAUUAUUUUGAAGUCAUCCAAUAAAGGCAAACUUUUUGAAUGGCCAGAGCAUGAUCAAGAGCUCUAUGUUGUGAAAAAUAGGCCUGAUUUCCAUACCCUUGCAAUUGGAUAGAAUACAUAACAGUGUAGGACUAGAGCAAGUUAUUGGAAUGUUGCAGUACUUGCUGCAAACCAGUUUUCCAAAAUAAAAAUGUUGCUGAUACGGCUAGAUAGAAUUUAUAUAGUUUCCAAAGAAGUACACAGAGAGGGAGAGAACAAGUCAUAGAAGAAAUUUGUAUUUAUUAGGAGAUUGUACGGUCUUUUGUUUAGCAUUCGUUGGGAAAGGCAACAUUGCAUAUUUGACAAUUUGUGCAUUCUUUUUCUUUUGAUAUGUGAUUCUUCUAAAUGGAAUA